AUGGCACCUCGACGUAACGGAAACUACGGGAACCAUCGUCAUAGCAACCGUGAUAAUGAAUUCCCACCUCCACCUCCACCAUUUAAUGAUGGAGUGAGUUCGGCUUUAGCUCAAUUUAUGGCCGAAACAACUAGGCAGUUUGCCGAAGUGGUAGCCAGAAUUCCACAACCUGCCGGUCGAGAGGCGCAAGUAGGUUGUUCUAUGCGCGAUUUUGCUAGCCAGCAAUUUCGUCUAUUUGAUGGAAUGCAGGAACCGUUAGCGGUUGAAGCUUGGAUUUCGGAUAUCACACUGUUGCAUGAGACCCUUGGCUGUACUGAAGAGCAAAAGGUUAAUUAUACAAUACUAAGGUUCACUGAUGAAGCUUCAAAAUGGUGGAAGUCUAAGAAAGGACUCUUAGGAAUAGAGUUGGGACAUGGAGUUGCUAUCCCUUGGGAUAGGUUCGUAGAAGAAUUUAAUGGGCGUUUCUUUCCAAGGGCUCAAAGGCAGAUACGAGCCAUUGAAUUUCAGAAUCUGGUGCAAGGCACAAUGACGGUAGAGCAAUAUUCUGCCAAGUUUAUUGAAUUAUCCAGAUUUGGCCUCAACAUAAUUCCAGAUGAAGAAACAAAGUCGGAACGUUUUGAGAAUGGCCUUAAUCCUCGUAUUAAGGAAAGAGUCAUGUGCCACGAGAUUAGAAACUUUGUUAAAUUGGUUGAUAUAGCAACAAUUGCUGAAAGGGGGAUGCGUGAAUCAUCCGCCGCCUAUGAAUUGAAGAGGCGAGCAGCAUCGCAGGUGUCAUACCCAUUCAAACGACCUGCACUUAGUACUGCAAGCAGGCCAGCUGAGAAGAGGAAUUUCCCUCCUACAACAGGGAAUCAGGUGCCUUUAUGCCAGAGGUGUGGGAAGGUGCAUGCUGGAGAGUGCAAGGCUAGCGAACCAAACUGCUUCAAGUGUGGUCAACGUGGCCACUUCAGGAGGAAUUGUCCACUAGAUGCCCCGGAAGGAUCCCGACUCCCAAGAAACAACGUCCCACCAAGGCAACUCACCCAAGCAAGGGUGUAUACCUUAACUCCGGUUGAGGAAGACGAAGAAGAAGAACGAGGUGUUAACGAUGUUGUGACAGGGAAAGCAAAUGUAGUCGCAGACGCUUUGAGUAGGAAAUCGCUGGGUGUAUCAACGAACUCAACGCCUACCCCUAAUCAACUCGCCAAGCAAUUGGGAAUGAUCCAGCUGGAUGUGGCGCCAAGCGUAAAGGAUGCCAUCCUAGCAGCUCUUAUUAUCCGACCGUUAACUGCUGACAGAAUUAAGAUUGCUCAGGAGAACGACCUAGGGUUGCAACAACUGAUGGAAAAGACGAGCCAGGGUAAAGCUUCAGGUUUCUAUUUCACAGAAGAUGACCUUUUAAGAACAGGUGAUGCCAGAGCUGUUAUACCCAAUGAUGCAUAA